AUGUCCGCACAUUUGCAGGAGGAGGAGAAUGAGGAGGAAGUGAUCGACGGUAAUCGUUACUAUUUGGAGAAGCAACAACACCUGCUGGAAAUUCUUAAUCAUGUUAACGAACCUCUUAUGAACGAACAAUGGCGAUUAUUGGGACAGCAAUUGGUAACCGAUAAGGAUCAAUAUGUGGUUUACAAUGAACGCAUGACAUGGUUUUACGAGGCUUUCAAUCUGGGAAAACUGCUACCUAGAGAAGCCUCUUUCAAUCCACUGAAUGCUGAUCAUUACGAGCAAACUCUGGGUCUUUAUAACUUUUUCUACAACACCAGAGAUUGGUAUACUUUAUGGCAAAAUAUUUGCUGGGCUCGUAUGUAUUUGAAUCCGGGUAUUUUCGUUCAAGCUCUAACGCAAGUCCUACUAAAACGAGAAGAUUAUCAGGCACUCAUUAUGCCCAAAGUCUAUGAAUUAUGGCCAGAAACCUAUCACGAUGCUGUCACCGUCAGCAAAGCCAGAAAAUUUAAUUUUGCCAAUUUUUGGUCAAGACAAGAGAAUGAAAGAGAUAUUAUGAUAGAGGAAGUUCAUCCUCAAGAAAUGGAACCUUUGAGUUUGGAGGGAGGUCCUUUGAGGAACUCCCAUGAAUGGCUUCAGGCAAUGGCUGAUGUUAAUAUUCUAAGAAUAAAGGAAAACCAUCAGAAAAGUAGAAAUAAACUUCAGCACUUGUUGGAGGAUAUUGGCUGGCAAUCCUAUUGGUAUUAUCUCAACAUGGGCAUAGUUUUAGCUAAGGAAGAGGAGGAGUCACAUGAUCAGUUACACGAAUGGUGGUAUUACCAACUAAGCCAAAUACUGGCUCGUUAUAAGCUGGAGAGAUAUGGCCAGCAGAUGUCAUAUAAAAAGUUAAGUCUAGAUAAUGACUAUCAUAAAACUACAAGGAGGAUUAAUGAAUAUCUUGAGAGAUUGGAGUCUUUGGUAGACGAAGCAAUUGCCUCCCGAAGUUAUAUUCUAACCAAUGGUAGUUUUAUUAACUUGGAUUCUGGUAACAAUUGGUUAAUUGGUCUUAGAGAACUUUUUCCCUACGACUGGACACAAUUUGUAACUGAAGAUAUUGAAUAUAAACCUCAACUUUUGCUAGAUCUUCGCACAUCUCUGAGAUUUGAAUACUUUUAUUAUUUUGCUGAACGACUAUUACGUUCCUAUCAUUGGUAUAGAAAGGCUUUUCAACCAAAUAAUAACCGCAAGUCUUAUAUACCCAAGGAUCUUUGCAUUACUAAUGUGGAAAUUAGUCCUUUGAUUACCUACGAUCAACCUGUGGAUGUGGAUCUCAGUAAUCUUCUUCAUGAAAAACAUUUCUAUAUAGCUGGACAAUUUAUGUGGCCUUUUACACUCCACAAAAGGCAAUAUAGACUACAACAAGAGGACUUUAACUACACUUUAGAUGUCUCUAGCAACAAUCGAACACAAUCUGUAAUUUUUCGAACUUUAUUGACCACUUCAGUGAGAGGAUCUAUUCACAGGGAACCCUUUUAUCAUUUGGAUUCAUUUUUAACUGUGCUAUAUCCAGGAUUAAACCGUAUAACCAGAGAGUUAAAGGAUUUUAAUGGAUUGAUUGGGGAUCACAUUUCCCUUACUGAACUGUACAAGUUUGUGAAGCUGGCCGAAAGGGAUGAGGACUAUGAAUUUCCUAUGAAUAUUUCCACACCGAAUUGUGGUUUCCCUAGACGUCUGAUUUUACCAAGAGGUGGCCAAGCAAAUCCUGUAAAAAUGCGUUUAUUAAUUGUUGCCACUGCCUAUGACUUUAAGGCUCAGCAGGGAAAUGAAAUUAAUUGUGAUUUUAGCAAAGGUAUCAGUCGUUGGGAUGAGUUACCCUUGGGUUAUCCUUUUGAUCAAUUAAUGGAACAGGAUAGUCCAGUAGAUCCUGAAGUCUUUGGGGAAUAUGCUUACUGGAAGGAUGUUGAGAUCAUGCAUGAAGAUCGUUUAAAAUAA